GCGGGUGCUCUUGACCCCCACUGUCUUGCUUAUCGCUACACCCGCGUUGCGGCGUAUCACCACUUGCGAUAGAGAGGGCGCGACCACGAUCCCCUCAUGGCGACCGAUUUCAUAAUGCCACGGCUACCGGGAGAGCAACAGAAUCAUUUCUAUGCGCCUGCCCAUCAGCAGCGCCAGCAGUAUCGUCCUCAGCAACAAGCUCCAUUCCAGCCAUCCCCGAUCACGACCACCUACCCCGCGUCCACACAAUACAACUCCCCCGUCUCGCCUCUUGGGACCCCGGGGAGCAUCUCACCAACAUCCUCCAAGAAUUACAUCACCCGCCAAAUCCGGCCUUUGUAUGUCCCCGCCGUGUUACGCCCCACCGAGUUCCCAUCCAAGCCGGCACCGCUCGAGCCAAACGUCGAGGAUGAGAAUGAUACUCUCGAGGAUGGCUUGCGGCCGAGCAGCAGCUUCAUGAGCCUCGGUGGUCUAAGCGCAUUCGGGCGGCUGAGCAGGCGGUCUACGGGCGACAGCGCCAAAUCCGUCGACAGCAUCUGGAAUCUCGACCAGUUCCCGAAGCCCACAGGUGCGCCCACUCGGAGGCACUGGAAGCCCGAUCAAGAGUCCACCAUCUGCGACCACGCGACUUGCAAGCGGUACUUCAGCUACUUCACGCGCCGCCACCACUGCCGCAAGUGCGGCAACAUCUUCUGCGACCAGCACAGUGUCUUCGAGAUCCCGCUCGAUCAGGACACCAACUUCAACCCCCGCGGCGUGCCCAGCCGCUCGUGCGGCCACUGCUACGCGCAGUUCAGGGAGUGGCGGAGGCUAGCGAUCGGCAAACCACCAAACGCCGACUCGCCCAACGGCGCCCGCCACCACCCUCAGCUCGAAACCCCAAGCACUCCCGUCGCCGCCUCCCCCACCGCCGCCACCAUGGGUGGCCUGCCGCUGCACACUCCCGAUGCCGCGCACAGCGUGCCCCGAGACUGGAAUUGGAGCACGUUCUGAGGCCAUGCGGCAGACAACAACACUUGAACGACGAGACGACCGAACUGGUCAUCAACCGCACACAGCAACAGCGGCGUAGACGACGACGACUAACAAGACUGAGAAAGGACGGAGAUUUCGCAUAACCGGAGAUU